AGAAGCAACACGGGGUUGAUCACUGGCUGUGGCUGCUGCCUCACCGCUCACACGCCGCACACGUCCCUCACAUCAGCUGCUCCUCUCCGCCCGACGCUCCUGCCGACGGGAUUCACAGCUGAACAAAGGAGGAGAGGACACGACCGGCCGCCGCAUCCCGGGAAAGGAAGGUCAGUGAUGGUCAGUGCUGGUUAGAGCCUGCAGUUGAGGAUGUCUGCUACAGAUUCGGACAACUCCAUCGACUGGCUGGCCAGCGACACAGAAGAAACUGAGAGCGAGCAAGAGCCGGACUGCACCGCCAAGCGCAGCCAGAGAGAGCCUCCUCCGUCUGAGAGCAGCAGCGAGCCGAGCGAGGACAACUGGUGCGGGGUCUCUGGUAGCAGGGAAUCUCCCGGCGGCACUGCGAGAUCGGACAGAGAAUCCGGGAAUGGACUGUGUAAAUCACAGCGCGGAGAAAAGGCGAACGGCAAGAACACUCAACCGGUGAAAAGACCUCAUUGUUCCACAGGAGAGCAGUGCAAGGAACGGCAGCUAAUAUCCAACGCAUUGGAGAAAGAUCAAGUUUUUAUCAACAAGUGCAUGGAGCUACAAUGCUACAUCCAUCCGCUGUCGUCAAUCUUGAAUGGCCUUCGUUCAGGGAGAUACAAAGAAAGGCUCAGCAGUUUCCAGGAGAGUGUGGCUAUGGACAGGAUUCAAAGGAUCAUGGGUGUUCUGCAGAACCCCUUCAUGGGAGAGAAAUAUGUUGAUAUCAUUCUGAAAAUGGAGGCGAUGCUAAAGAGUUGGUUCCCUCAUGUGAAACUCCAAGAACAACUCGCCACCACACAGACAGAGGGACUUGUGCCCAGUAAAAGACUUAAGUUAUCUCCAAUGACAACGUCUGCAGCCGGGAGCUCCGUCUUUCGCGGCGACCCUCCAACCAGCACCAAAGCUCUGAGGGUCACAGACCUGACUCCGCCCGAAGCCUACUCCGCCAACAACCUGAAGUGGCUCCACACGUCGCCUAUCUGCUCCCCCACAGCCGAGGAGGCCCAGGCUGGUCCCAGGCACCCGCUGUUGCCCAGAGACAAAGACCUUACGCAAGACAGUGCUGUUUCCUCCAGCACAGACGGCCACGCUAAGACAGACUUUGUGCCCCAAGGUCCACCGCCAGGCAAAAUCAACGCGCCCUGCCUGGAGCGGCUCCUUAAAUCCACAGACAGCAUCAUCACACGCAAGGAGACUGGGGGUUUGAUGGGCAGCAGCUGGUCCUAGUCCAAACAUAAGGGGGGCUGGGGUGUUCGACCCAGCCUCGCCUUGCCCCAUCCUGCUCAGAGCCAGUCAGCCAGCUUCGCUCAUUCCAGCCUUCAGGAUCGCGUUCAAAAAACAAAAGAUGGACGUCGCGGAUUCCUCUUCAGCACGGAGGGGAUGUCGACGAACACGCUGCUGUCUCUGACAUGACGAGCGUCCGCCUUCAUUUCCCGUUUUCUGUUGACUUAUCCUCGUUUCUCUAGCUUGCAUUCUCGAGUUGCGUGUGUGUGUGAGCGUCCAAAGGCUACUUGACAAGUGCGCUGAUAACCGAAGCAAGUAUUGUCAGCACUGGAGUCUUCCUGUUGGCUCCCAGGUUCACUGAUACAGGUUUACACCAAUCUGCUGUUUUGCUUGGAAGGGAAGAUAUGUUUUAGCUGGUAGGAAGGAUUUUCAGAUAUUCAUACAUGGUCUACAUAUUGUUGUGCUGAAAAUGUGGCUGAAAUGUGAUGGUAGAGACCCCUCUUAGCCCCCCGCCUCCCUUCCCAGUGACUCCACUCUUAGGUUUAUUGAUGUGACUGUUACUCAUUUCUACUCUUCAUCGAUAAAUCCUUUUUGGUACAACUGUUCUACCUCAUCGAGCACCACGUCACGGUUAGUGAGUUGGGAUGUGACCACUUUGCUCAGAGUCUGGACCCCCGAUCAGAUCUGCGGUGAGCCAAACGGCCUCCGAUGGCGAGGCUGUGCAGUACAAACAGAGGAUGCUCUCUCUCGCUCUUUCUCUCCCUGUUGCCUGACUGGUGCCAUUGUAAAGAAUGUCAACUGAAGAGUUGUUUUUUAUGAGUCUCCCAGAAGAAGGCAGACAGUGCCUGCAAAGUCAAGCUGUGCCUGUGGGCUGGUUUGACUAAAAAAGAAAAAGAAAAAAAAAAGAGAAGCGUUUAUAUUACCUGCACCUCUGUGGGAUGUAUGGAAUCAGGAAUUGUCACUCUCCUGCCAUUUUCCUGUACGAGUAAAUUAUUGCCAACUACUAGCUGUGGUGGAGUAGAACAACUAUCAUUUUGUUUUGCCACAGAACUAGAUGGUGUGUUAGAUCACCUAAGAGGGACAAGGGAUGUGUCUGUGUAAAUCUUACUGCGAAGGUUGUCGAUUUACCCUGAAAAGUGGCCUUUAUAGUGUGAAAUUUUAUACUUUCUAAAUAAAUGUGGUUAUAUUUGUUUGAUGCAAACUGUUUGAGAUUAAUUUCCCCUGUGAAUACAUUGUUGGAUUUUUACUGUUUGAUUUAAUUGAAGAAGCUUUACAAUUUUU